CGCGGCACCGCGAGAAUGUUCGACGACAUCCUACGUUAUUUCCGACUUUCUCAAAUUAAUCGGAAAUUGGACAUCACGGAGAAUUCCGCACGAGGCAGUUCGCAGGACGCAGCGGCGAAUUUCGUCGGUAGACCUGGACCAUCGCUGGACCUCAACGCGAAACGAGAAGAGGCGCCACGGAGGCGUGAUAUGAAAUUGGUGCCAACGAUUCAGCUACCACAGCUACCACCGGUUUCCGCCGCGGGCGGAAUAACCGGAAUGGAUUCCCGGUUGCCUUCGAACAUACCGCUGCCUUUCGGUACGGACUUCCUUUGGCGGGCCCAGUAUGGGCCGAUAAACUUCCCGCACACCACGCACCCGCCGCCCAGUUCUCUCUUGGACUUUAAGACACAUUUGCCAGCGAACCUUGCAUCCGACCCCAGAUUGUGGUCGCGAGAAGAUGUGGCGGCGUUCCUGCAAUGGGCCGAGAGGGAAUUCGAUCUGCCGACCAUCGACAUGGAGGGGUUUCAGAUGAACGGCAAGGCCUUAUGCCUACUGACGAAGGCCGACCUCGGAGACAGAUGUCCAAGCGCUGGUGACGUUCUGCACAACGUGCUCAAUAUGUUGGUGCGCGAUUUCAGCCAACUGCAGAGAUGCAUGCCGCACAGCCCGGUCACACCGACCAGGCCGACCGCGUAUCCCCUGAGCCCGCACUCUCACCCGCCAACGCCAACCUGGACGGACAAUCCGUAUGCUCAGAAUCUUGCCUCUCUUAUGUCGGCCAACUCGGUAACAUUGUCGCCGGCACCAUCUGUGGACAGUCAAGCAGGUUCGCCUGGUCACGCAGACGGCAACCAGACGCAGGUCUACAAAAGCGAUUCGGACGAGGACAAUCAGCAAGUGAGCGGUAACAGCAGCCCACCGGCGACACCGACCGCCCUGACGGUGCAGAGACUCAGCGAGGUUAGCGUCAAGGAUCAACCGAGUCCGACGUUACCGCCACAGCUAAUGCCAUUGACACCUGGUGCAUUUCGCUCGACUGCGAGCACCGCUGCCCGGGAAUUCUUCCCCAGCGACUCCUCGGAGCCUAACACCAACGGCAGAUUGCUUUGGGACUUUCUUCAGCAAUUAUUGAAUGAACCGUCGCAACGGUAUACACAUUACAUCGCGUGGAAGAAUCGAGAGACUGGUGUGUUUAAGAUCGUCGAUCCACCGGGUCUUGCGCGACUCUGGGGGAUCCAGAAGAAUCAUCUCUCUAUGAAUUACGACAAAAUGAGUAGAGCACUUCGUUACUAUUACCGCGUGAACAUACUUAGAAAGGUCCAGGGCGAACGCCACUGCUAUCAAUUCUUACGUAACACGGUCGAGUUGAAGAACAUCAAGAACAUAUCGGCGCUGCGUCAACACACGCGAAUAAAAUCGGAGCCGGAGCCGGAGGAAGAAGGGGCUUUCACCAAUAUCGAGUCGGAAGUGGACAUGCCUACGGAUCUCUCGAUGUCCAGUAUGAGCCAGCCAUCGAGCGAACAGCCCCUUCCGUUGCACGACCCACCUGCCAAGUACAGAUCAAGUCACGCGUACAACCUCGUUAGGACCAAUCAGGAGCCGGAAGAGAGGAAGUGACGCGGGACCUAGCGAUGACAGGAACGCAACGAUCGUGCGUAAUCGUUAACGCCGUGGGCGUAGAAGCCGGCAACAAGGCGACCUUUCGAUGAAAGAGGGUCUCGUAUCGGCAACCAACUAACUGAUCAAGCAAUCGGACCAAGUGUCUUCGAUUAGUUCAUUGUUCGUUGACGAAAAGGCAGUAUCAUUCGCGCAAGGUAAAGUCGAAGAAGGCUAUUGAGUCGCGCACGAGAGAGAAAGAGAGAGAGAGAGAGGAGGAAGGGGAGAAGAAAAAGAAAGACAAAGAGGAAGAGAAUACAUAGACAGAGAAAGAGGACGAACGAAGUAACGAAAAGAUGCAUUAAGAAUCAUGUAAAAUUGUGAUGUUUUGGCGAUGUUUUGGAACUUUGUCGACAUACAAUCGCUACUAAUUCGGAUUUUAUAAGGAUAACUGUUUGCGCGGGAUGCGACAGAAGACUGUUACAAUACAAUACCCUCCCAAGACCACGCUACGAGACUCUCUGAUAAUAAUUGUCAAGGCGGAAGGGAACAAGUAAGCGUUUGUUAAAAUUCACCGGAAUCACAUCGACGUUCCAAAGAUAAACCCCGAUAGAUCAAGGAAUCGAAUUCCUUCGCUGCCUUGUCUGUCGGAGAUUCCACCGAGUUGCUGUAAUUACAUAUACACAUAUACGAGGAUCCUUACACUUUCGUUGAUACAUGUAAGAGAGUGAUAAAAAGCGCAAGAGAAGAGAGGAGAAGAGAACACGUUUUGCCAAUCACCUCACGGCACAAAUCAUAUAACGAUUUGUCCAUAUGAGCGGAUAUACACGUUGAGUCGUUUACGCGCCGAUAACGAUAAGACGCUUCGAUGAAGCUGGAUCUUCGCGGAUAUUCCGCCCGCCGCCACCUCUUCCCGCCCCACCACGAGCCUAGCUGUGCGAAUUGUUGGGCGAUUUCAUUUCCGUUUUUACAACGACGUAAUGAAAUAUGUACGAGGACUUAGGUGCACUUAAGGACACGCCGAUUAAUUCAAUGUACAAAGAAUGCAAUGCCAGAGGAAAAACUGUUACCAGGUCUUUCCUUUCUUUCCGCGCCUUUAUUCUGUUUUUUUUGUUUUUAAUUUUAAGUACGUGUUAAUAAAUAAAAUAAUCAGUGUUCUGUGAUGUGAUUCUAUUUCGGCGAAACACAAUCCGUGACUAAGAUCAAUUCCAAA